AACAUAGCUGAAUACAAUUAACUACAUAAUAUUUCCUGAAAAGAAAUGCCGGUUAUCGUUCUAAAGUUAUUGUUGUAAAGACAAUUAGGCUUUGUUUAUGGAUUAUUUGAUGUCGACAAGAAGCAGAUAAAAGCAGAACUUUGUUACACAUAAAGGUUGUUCAGACGCCUAAGGAUUUUUUUUUUUUUUUUUUUUAUUGUUGAUCGAAAAAAAAAGACAUACUGCCGUACUUUUAUUUUGAAGUAACUUUAUGCCGCUUCUUGUUACUCCUGUUUACUUCCGGGUUGCAUAAAGCAACUUUCUGUGCGCAGUUAAAGGUCCUUCUUCAGUCCUAGAGAUUUAGACCGUGUUUGUCCAAAAACAAGGAGUUAAUGUAGUUUGUUUUAUGGAAUAAAGACGUUUUUCGGGUUGUCAGAAAAUUAGCCAAGAUGUCCAGUCAAGUCAGGCUGAGGCUGCUGCCCAGCGCCAGGUGUCUGUUCGAUGAGCCCGUCCAGGUGAAGGUGGCCGGGCUGAGGUCCAGGCAGGUGGUCACUGUGAGAGCCAGGUCCACUGACGAGAGAGGAGUGGUGUUCAAUUCCUCUGCCAGCUACAGGGCCGAUGACAGCGGGGAGAUCGACCUGGACAGAGACGCCUCGCUCUGCGGGAGCUACGUCGGUGUUGAGCCCAUGGGUCUGCUGUGGUCCAUGAGGCCCAACGCCCUGCACAAGAGAUUUCAAAAGACAAAUUCCCUAAAUCCCCAUGUGGUGAACUUCUCUGUGCAUGAAGAGGAGGGCCGGGUGCUGGCAGAGGCGACCAAUGAGAGGUUUCUGAUGGGAAGCGGAGUCAGCCGGGUUCCGGUCAAAGAGGGGAACAUUCGAGGUGUCCUCUUUACUCCCCCAGGAGAGGGGCCGUUCCCGGCUGUGUUAGAUCUGUACACGUUCGGUGGAGGUCUGUCGGAGAAAAGGGCCGCUCUGCUGGCCAGCCGUGGAUUCCUGGUCCUGACUGUGGCUCUGUACGGUCACGAUGACCAGCCCAAGAACAUUAAAGAGGUCCAUCUGGAUUAUUUUGAAGAAACAAUAAAGUUUCUAAAGAAGCAAAACAAGGUGGGCAGCAAAGGAGUUGGAGUUAUAUCCCUUUCUAAAAGUGGAGAUCUUGCUCUGUCGAUAGCAACCUACCUGCCAGGAGUUCAGGCUGUCGUCUGGAUCAACGGCUGCUCCGCCAACACGGCUUUACCCCUGCAUUAUAAGGAAAAACAGCUUCUUCCAGCACUGACAGUCGACAUCAACAAAGUGAUUUCCACGGAGUCAGGAGCUUUGAUUACCAAACACGUCAUGCACGAUCCGCUGACGGAGGAACACAAGGCGACCCUGGUGCCUAUUGAGCGAGCAGCCGCACGAUUCCUCUUCGUAGCUUCAGAAGACGACCUCAACUGGGACAGCAAGGCCUACCUGGACGAGAUGGUGGACAGGCUGAAGCAUCAUGGGAAGGAGAACUUUGACAGCCUGAGCUAUCCUGGAGCCGGGCACUACUUAGAGCCACCUUACGGGCCGUACUGCGCCUCCAGCUUCCACGGGGUCGUGGGCAGGCCGGUUCUGUGGGGGGGCGAGCCCAGGUCCCACGCUGCAGCUGAGGUCCACCUGUGGAGGAAGAUCCAGGAGUUCUUCAGAACUCACCUGAACUGUGACGUCGCUCAGACUAAAUCCAAGUUAUAGCUUCUGACAGGACAGUCUGAGCUCUUUAGCUAUGAUAACUUUGGUAACAAUCCCUAUAAAGCUGUGAACAUUAACAUGCUUUUACUUUAGCGAACAGAAACUUAAUAUUUUCUACAUCUUCGAUUGAAAUGCAAGAAGAUAUUUAUGUCUUGUCCUGAGAUGAUUGCUGAAAGUUUAUAUCAUUUCAACAGUUUAUACAAAAGGAUAAUUCUCUGAUAAAAAUAAUGAACAUAAAUUGGCUAAUUGUUUUUUACAUAGUGAUUUAUGACUUUUUAAUUGUACAAUAAAGUUUUAUAUACACUAUAGAGAGCCAAAUGCAAUAUAUAUAUAUCUUCUAUAUGUUCCCCCGAAUAAUUUUUUAUCUAAUUACUGUGUCAAUAAUGUACUUUUGUGUUAGACUUUUAGUUAUUCUUAACAAUGUGAUUUAGGACAAUAUGAUACACUGUCAUGUUAAAACAAAAUGUCUCCUUAUA